AUGGAGUGCAGUUGUCAAAAUUUUAAGAGUAUUGGGAUAGCCUGCGUUCAUAUGCUAUUUGUUCUCAAAGAAGAAAAAGUGAAGACUAUUCCUGAAAAACUGGUACUCAGACGUUGCUCGAAGAACCCAAAGUCCAUAGACACUCUGCCAGAACCAAGUACAUUGGGGAAUGACAGCAGUUCCAACAUUAGGUACGGGUCGCUACAGUUCAUGUCUCAACGAUUCUGCUUAUUAGGAGCAUACACUCCUCUCUCUUAUCGAAUGGCUCAAGAUGAGUUGACAGCAACGUGUAACAAGUUGGAGAUGAUAAAGAAAACCCCCGCCGAGAGAGAAAGGAUUGUCAUACCAGACAAGUUCAAAGAUGUAUUGAACCCAAAUCAAGUGAGGUUUAAGGGUUGUAGGAAAGGAAAAGGGAAAAAACAACUUAAGAAAAAAAGAAGAAAGUGUGGGAACUACGGGCUAAGGGAUGGGCAUUAUAGGAGCACUUGUACUAACCCCCCAGCCGACGUGGUAGAAUCUCAAUCUGAUGAGGAGGAUGACGACGAUGACAUGGACGAUGAUGAGGACGAUGAUGGGGAUGAUGAUGGGGACGACGAAGAAGAUGGAGACGACGAUUAUGGAGAUGAUGACCAAGGUGGUCAGCCCCCAAAGAAGCAACGAACGAGCAGGCAUAAUACUACUGGAGAGCCCAUAGGAAAACGUCAGCCACACUAG